AUGAGAGUGUAUAAGAGAAAGACAGAGCGGGCAACCCAAAGCCAAGAGGUAUACGAGUUAGCUGCAGCUGAAGUUUUAGAAAACAACUGCAGUAUUCGGAAGGCGAGUAAGAAUUUUGAUCUAUGUCAUGUAUCUCUGGGUAGAUACAUUAAGAAGAAGAAGAAUAAUGACCGUCAAAAAGUAGGCUAUGUCAAGCCUCGACAAGUAUUCACAGAAGAAGAAGAAUGUAAAAUGUCUUCAUAUGUCCUCAAGUGCGCUGAAAUAUAUUUUGGAUUACUUCCUAUCGAAAUAAGGAAACUAGCUUACCAAUGUGCUGUCCAUCUUGGUGCUAAAAAUAUUCCCUCUUCUUGGCAUCAAAAUAAUAUGGCUGGUCCUGACUGGUUUCAAAAUUUUAUGCGCAGAAAUGCUAACCUGUCUUUGAGAACUCCAGAAGCGACAUCACUGAGCCGAGCAACAUCAUUCAAUAGGACUAACGUUAAUGCUUUCUUUGAAAAAUAUCAAGGUGUUCUCCAAAGACACGAAUUUAGCGCUUCUCAAAUUUGGAACAUGGAUGAAACUGGGGUCACGACCGUUCAAAAACCAAAAAAAAUUGUAGCUGCCCGUGGUCAAAAGCAAGUUGGCGCAAUUACAUCAGCCGAGAGGGGAACACUUGUGACAUUAGCCUGUGCCGCUAACGCUGCAGGUAAUUUUAUUCCACCGAUGUUCAUUUUCCCCCGGAUUAAAUACUCAGAAAUGUUCAUUCGCGGUGGACCUCAAGAUUGCAUUGGAGCUGGCAAUUCUUCAGGGUGGAUGACUGAAAAAGAAUUUUUGAUUUUUAUAGAUCAUUUUAUCAAACACGCGAAACCUACCAAGAAAGAGCCAGUUCUGUUAUUGCUCGAUAAUCAUGGCUCACAUGUGAAUAUUGCAGUUGUCGAAAAAGCCAAAGAAAACAAUGUUAUCAUGUUAUCGUUUCCCCCCCAUUGCUCCCACAAUUUGCAACCUAUGGAUGUAGGAGUCUACGGCCCUUUUAAAAACUACGUGAACAGAGCACAGACUGCAUGGAUGUAUAAUAAUCCAGGAAAAACGAUGACAAUUUAUGACAUCCCAAGUGUAGUGAAGGAGUCAUUAUUAUUUGCCUUGAACCCUGCAAAUAUUAUCAAUGGAUUUAAAGCUUCUGGUAUUUGGCCUUUGAAUGUUGAUAUUUUCCAAGAUAGUGACUUUGCGCCCUCUUAUAUUACUGAUCGUCCAUAUCCUACAGAACAAUCAGAAAAUGUACUAAAUGAAAGUGCGAAUUUAUCGUUGAAUCUUGAACAUCCAGAACUAUUAGAUUCUGCUCCUGAAGUGGAUAUCAGCACAACAGAAAUUAUAGGCCACAUUGAAACUGCCAACAAACCAACUCCAAGUUGCUCUGGUUUAAAUCAAUUUUCACCAUCAAAGAUAAGACCAUUACCAAAGGCGCCACCACGAAAAACAAAUAUAAAAUGCAGACGCAAAAGGAAGUCUGCUAUUCUGACAGAUACGCCUGAAAAAGAAGCUUUGAGAGUGGAAUAUGAAGAAAAGAUGAAGAAAAAGCAAAAAAAAGAUGAUAAAGAAAAGCGAAAGGGGAAAGGAAAAGGCAAAAAAUCUGCAAAAAAUGAAGAUGGAAUAGAAAGAGUGAAAAAAAGGAUUCUUAGUUCAGAUUCAGAAUCGGAAGAUUGCCAUUGUCUUGUGUGCGAUGAAGCCUAUAAUAAUUCAAAAGGUGAUUGGGUAGAGUGUAUUGCAUGUAAGAUGUGGGCACAUGUGGGAUGUGUCACAGGAGAUACUAUUUCUUUUGUUUGCAUCAACUGUGAUUCUGAUGAAGACUAA